UCGUGUGGCAGCGGAAGGUGGCUGAAAACUGUUUCCGCUUUUUGAAGGUCUCAAUACCAUCUACCUCAACACCGGAGGCGUUGAAUUGUUUGCCAUGAUAGCUGUGGCCAUGAGUGCAACAUGCCCAGGCCUGUACUGUGGCAGAAUAAUGUUCAAUGGGUCGAUGGAAAGAGACUGUGGUGUUUGCCCUCGUGGAGAGCGAGCCAAUCACCAGAAAGUGUGUGAGCGCUGCACCGAGUCUCCUCAACUUUAUGAUUGGCUCUAUCUCGGCUUCAUGGCCAUGCUACCUCUCAUGCUUCAUUGGUUCUUCAUUGAGUGGUAUUCUGGUAAGAAGAGUUCCAGUGCUUUGCUACAGCACAUCACAGCCUUGUUGGAGUGCAGCGUGUCUGCUGUGGUUACGCUGUUGGUCACAGAGCCAAUAGGGAUGCUCAGUAUCAACUCCUGUCGAGUUCAGAUGCUGUCGGACUGGUACACCAUGCUGUAUAAUCCCAGCCCAGACUACAUCAACACUUUACACUGCACCCAGGAGGCUGUCUACCCACUCUAUACCAUCGUGUUAAUCUACUAUGCCUUCUGCUUGGUGCUGAUGAUGCUACUGCGCCCUCUGUUGGUUAAAAAGAUAGCAUGUGGUCUGGGCAAAUCUGAUCGAUUUAAGAGCAUCUAUGCUGCUCUGUACUUUUUCCCAAUCCUGACUGUGCUCCAGGCUGUUGGGGGAGGAUUGCUCUAUUAUGCGUUUCCCUAUAUAAUACUCGUCCUCUCUCUCGUCACUCUGGCCGUGUACAUGUCUGCCUCUGAGAUACAGUCCUUCAAGAACCUGGUUGUCAAGAAGAAGCGCUUGGUCAUCCUGUUCAGUCACUGGUUGCUCCACGCGUAUGGCAUCAUCUCGAUCUCACGCCUGGACAAACUGGAGCAGGACUUGCCACUGUUGGCCUUGGUGCCCGGUCCUGCUUUGUUCUACAUUGCUACAGCUAAGUUCACAGAGCCAAGCCGCAUUCUGUCAGAGGGUGGGAGCGGACACUGAAACUCCCAAGUAAUGGUUUAGAAACCAGAUGUAUAUUAUAGCCUCUUACCCCACAGUUGUGUCAUGUCAGUUGUUCUUAUGCAAGUGUAUAUAUUUUCUG